UGGGGUUAAAACUCUAUAUACUUGUCUAAUAAGUGUCAAAAGGAAACUGAAAUCAACUAAGUUGACAGAAAUUUGUCAUGUAGCUGAAGACUGCCGCGUCCUAUUUUUGAAACUACUCCUCUCCUUCCAUCCAUCCACCGUCCAAACUCCAAAUUCCCAUACUCCCUCCUCACUCACCUUAUAAACGUGAAUCCCCCGCCAUUCACUCUCUACACUUCUCAUUUUCCACACCAUUCACUCAACUCCAAACUCUCAAUCCAAGUAACUAAAACCAAUGUCGAUGACGAUGUCGAGAACGACGGAGCUCCAAAUGCAUAAGAAAUGGAGAGGCAGAGACACAAGCCCUGAACGUACUAAAGUUUGGACUGAACCUCCUAACCAUAAGCUCAAUAAAGUACCCGUUGUGUACUAUCUAUCUAGAAAUGGCCAGCUUGAACAUCCUCAUUUCAUGGAAGUUCCUCUUUCCUCCCCUGACGGUCUCUAUCUCAGAGAUGUGAUCAACCGUUUGAAUUGUCUUCGUGGAAAAGGCAUGGCGUCUAUGUACUCCUGGUCUGCUAAAAGAAGCUUUAGGAAUGGAUUCGUUUGGCAUGAUUUGACGGAAAACGAUUAUAUAUACCCAGCACAUGGUAAAGAGUAUGUUCUGAAAGGAUCAGAGCUUUUGGAUAACGGAUUUUCUUCACAGCCCGAUGAAAUAGCUUGUUCUAAUUCUAGAAAUCCAGUGCCGGAACUACAGAAAUCAAGUGAAGAUCGUGAGUUUCCAGCUGUUGCAAGGCGCCGGAAUCAGUCCUGGAGUUCCUCCGAUUUCCACGAGUACGUAGUUUACAUAACCGAGCCCACCGGCGAGUUGACCGGAAAAACCGCGGCCAAUGCGUCUACACAGACCGACGAUAGACGACGCCGGCGAAAAGCAAUGCGAAUCGUCGAAGAAGAAGAGGAGUUGAGAGAAGACCGGAAUAUUGAACCGGACGAGGUUGACCGUAGCCCGAACGGGUCAACGGAGCUGAACAGAGGUGAAAUUCCACCACCACCGUCUGAUUCAAGCUCUGAAACGUUAGAGACGUUGAUGAAAGCGGACGGAAGAGUGAUCCUACGGCCAGAUAUGAUCAACGAAGAUCAGACGGUUAAUACUCAAUCAAGCGGAAAGAGCAAAGCAUCUUCCGUUCUGAUGCAAUUACUCUAUUGCGGUUCGAUGUCCUUCAAGCAAUGUGGGCCCGGUCAUGGAAAGGAAAGUGGAUUUUCCUUAAUUUCACAAUAUAAAUCAAGGCUGCCACGUGGCAGGUGUACGAAUCAAGUGUUGAAGGAUGUAGAGUCUCCAAUGGUGGAGUAUCAUGGAAGUGAAGAGAAAAUUAAGCUGGAAGAUAAAGAGUACUUCAGUGGGAGUUUAAUAGAGAUGAAGAAGAAGGAGAAAUUUCCAGGUCUAAGGAGAUCUUCGUCAUACAAUGUCGAACGUAGUACAAAAUUGGAACUGACUGACAAAGAAAGAGAAGUGAAAACAAAAUGUUAUCUGAAAAAGGUAAAGAAUCAUUCGACCAGAAAGGAAGGAAACAGUGACUUGUCUAAUGACUUGCCGUAGCCUUUGCUAUUAAGUAUUUUUAGUAAUACUAACUAGAUGGUUGCAAGAUGAAUAGAUGAUAGUGGUUAAGUAGUAGUAGAUUAGGAAAUAGUAGAAAAAAUUUGUGGAGACAAUUUCUCCUGAUCUCAGUUGUAGUUUUGUAAAUUCAGUCAUGAAAACUGGAAAAUGAAAAGGAACAAAAUUGAAGGAUUUGACCAUAAA